AGUCAAAGCAACUACAACCCUAAACGAAGGACAAACUAACACGUUUUUCUUCCAACCAAUUAUUGACCUUUCUAAAUACUAUCAAAAAUGCUGCGUUUUCCAUAUCGUGCCCGGCCCCGGAAAAUGUCACGACAAAGGCUACCUGAAGAAGGUAUUAUUGUAGGCCCCGAGGGAAGGUUACAGCGUUUACGUCAACUGGUAACAGGCUUGGUACGGUAUGAAAGAAUAGAAACUGUUCACCAACAUUGUGAUGAAACUCGGGGAUAUGCAGAAAGGUUAAUUCAUACAGCUAUAAGAUAUGGAGAUCAGCAUCAACACACCAUGGAAAUGGCAGAUUACUGGUUAAAUGAUAAAGAUCUUAUAUACAAAUUAUUUGAUGUACUAGUGCCAAGGUAUCAAAAUUAUUCAUCAGCAUUCACCAAUAUUUAUAGAACACCAAUAGUUUAUCCUGGAAGGGGAACAGAAAUGGGUAUUCUCGAAUUAAAAGGAAAUCCCUGGCCGGAUGUUCUUCCUAAACAACGAGAUAAUAGAUAUAUCAUAUCAAAUGUAUUAUUACAUGCAGCUAAAAAAGAUUAUAACAUUUCUAAAGAAAGUAAAAAAACUAAUAACGAGUGUAAUUCUUCUAGUGAAAACAAUGAAACAUAAUUAUUUAUAUGAGUGAUAAUCAAAGAUAUGUGUAUAUAUAGAUAGACAAUACUGAAAUGUGGAGUUCUAAUAGACUGAAUGGCAAUAUCAGAUUUAUCAAUGCUGCAGUUACAUAAUCAGGCCUGGAAAUAACGGUUUUAGAUGUACCUGACAAAAUGUCAGGCACUAAUGAAAUAGUACCUGACAUUUUCAACUUAGUGCCGGACAUGUACAUUAUUAAUAAUUUCAAUAAAAAAGACAAAUCAGCGCUGGACAAAAUUACAGGCACCAGAGGUUUAGUGCCUGACAAAGCCUGAAUCUAUGCCUGACAUUGUGUGUGACAGGUGUCUUAUUUUCUGGCUUGUAUAAGUUAGUGUUUGUUAUAGUAACAAUCUAUACUUUGUGCCAGACCUUAAGUACAGUUAAUUCCUGUGAGCCACAAUAGCUCAAUAUCAAUCGGUGCGUGAGGAACUGGCCCACUAACUAGCAGAUCCUGGUCUCGGUGUUGAUUGAGAAGUUUUUAGUGUGGUAUGACCGUGUCACUUGUCAGUGGUGCAGAACAGAGGGCCUGACAAGGAACAGUGUUUAUUUGUUUGGAUAGGUUGAUAAACUGAGGGCUGUUGAACAUGUUGGCAUGUGCAUAAAAAAAAAACCCCACUGACAGUUGGAAUUCAAUAAGUCAAUAGUUGGGAACAUUGCUGUCUAGUCAAUACUUCCCUCAUAGCACACUGCUGUCUAGUCAAUACUUCCCUCAUAGCACACUGCAUGUCAAUCUGAUUAAAACAUGGAUUCUAUUUCUUUUCCUUUUUUAUAGUUCAAAAUUUCAUUUUACUUGUCUAAACAACACUAGGAUCUGUACGAGUUGUUAUAAUAACACAUGUUCUGCUUGAUGUGAGGAAUUAGCCAAUGAAACAGUCUGUUACGGCAAGUUCUUGGAGUGCAAUGCACGGAACUGUGGGUAAACUACCAGAAACAUCAACGCUGAUUGAUUAAUCAGCACAUCAUGUAGGUGGCCAUCGAAAGUAUAAAAAAAUGAAACGAAAUAUAGAUCUGUAUUUUAUUCAGACUGCAUGGCAUAUUCCUAUCUUUUUGUUAGUAAAAAAUAAAUAGUAAUAUGAUUACAUAAAUAUUAUUCUCACUGAAAGUAGUGUAAUUAAAUGUAUAUCUGAUUGAAGUCAUA